AAACUGCUUGAAAUAAAACUACACUGUGGCGGUGAACUACCAGCGCGUCUCAAAAUCAGUGGUAUUCGUGCUGAAAAAGCGCCAGAAAUUGAAACAAGCCCAACUUCCACCAGGCAAGAUGUGCAGUUAUACAAUGCUAAGCACCCAUUUCGCCACAAAUCAACAUGCUCGCCGGCGCUACCGUAUCCGUCAGCAAAUUUGUUUAGCCGUUGUUCACUUGAUGAUUAUGUGAAGUGCAUGAAAAAAAGAUGGUUUACGCAACAGUAG